CCUGUGUUUGUUGCACCGUGUCAGUUACAUUGUAACAAAAGUGGUGCAGCCUCUCUUCGGGCCAGCACCCCAGGCCUGCCCGCCGCCAGCUGUCGGCCGACAUGGAACCUGUGGCGAGCAACAUCCAGGUUCUGUUGCAGGCAGCCGAGUUCCUGGAGCGCCGUGAGAGAGAGGCCGAGCAUGGCUACGCGUCUCUGUGCCCGCACCGAAGUCCGGGCCCGGUCCACAGGAGGAGGAAGGGAUCCCCCCAAGCUCCUGGCGCGCUGGACAGUGGGCGGUCUGUGCACAACGAACUGGAGAAGCGUAGGAGGGCCCAGCUGAAGAGGUGCCUGGAGCAGCUGAAGCAGCAAAUGCCCCUGGGGGCUGAUUGUGUCCGAUACACCACACUGAGCCUUCUGCGCAGGGCCAGGAUGCACAUCCAGAAGCUGGAGGAGCAGGAGCAGCGGGCCCGGCGGCUCAAGGAGAAGCUGCGCAGCAAGCAGCAGAGCCUGCGGCGGCAGCUGGAGCAGCUCCGGGGGCCGGCGGGGCCGGGUGAGCGAGAGCGGCCGCGGGCCGACAGCCUGGACUCCUCGGGCCUCUCCUCCGAGCGCUCCGACUCGGACCAAGAGGAGCUGGAGGUGGACGUGGAGAGCCUGGUGUUCGGGGGCGAGGCCGAGCUGCUGCGGGGCUUCAGUGCGGGCCAGGAGCACAGCUACUCACACGGCGCCGGCGCCUGGCUAUGACCCCCGUCACCCAGAGUGGCCUCUGCCCUCAGACUGCCCUCCGCUCCGCCAGGCCGGAGCCGUCCCCCAGCCCCCGGGGCUGCUCGGAGUCACCUCCCAUUGGAAUGGACUACAAGGACCUUGUGUGGGAACAGGGCGCCCCCUACCCCGCUGGCGGCACCCCUCCUAGGAAGGGGUGCCGGGCCUCCCGGGAGCCCUGCAGGGCAGGCAGCUUGGGCCCAGGCUGCCCUUCCCGGUCUUUGGUUUUUUGUGGCACUUGGGUCUGCUUUCCUCGGGGGCAGGAAGCCUCUUGGGCCCUCACGUUCCUUCCUAAAUGAGGGCUCCCGGCCUUUGCCCCCUGUGUACUGUACAGUAUUUUCAUUAAAAGCCUCUUUCUUAACUUCC